AUGUUCAAUUGCGAAGAAUAAGAUCACGAUUAGCAAGAGAUAAUUUUAGUUUGUUUAAAUGUCGAUUGCUAAUUUAAAAAAGCUUGUUGUUUAGAUUGCAUUGAAAAACACAAUUAACAUAAAAAAGACUUGAAAUCAAUAAAUUAAGUUGCAUAAUGAAAGUAAAAAACGAUCGAAAGCUA